AUAAUUGAUGACAGGUACCAAAAGAUUUGAAUUUCAUAUAACGCAUUUCUAGAAUAUAAAAAUCCAAUCUUAAAAAAAAAAAAAAAAAAAAAAAACCUCGCAUAUGUCAUUAUAGGGAGUAGGUAUACAUGCAUGAACAAAUGAAUGCAGCCAAUGAGAGAAUCAUUUCAAUCAGAGCAAAAAUGCAUUCUACAAAUGUUGCCUCGAAAUGAUUUAUAAAACUCUCUAAUUGGUUGAAGUUAAUAUCCAGUUGAUGUAAUUAGUUUCAUCAUACAUUUUUGCAUCACAAUGGAUCACCAAAAUGCUAGCAAACUCCCAGUCAUAAACCUUUCAAAAGAAAACUUGAAGCAUUCAACCUGCAAACAAGUCCGCAAUGCCCUUGAAGAAUACGGCUGCUUUAUCGCGGUGUAUGACAAAACUCCAUUAAUAUUCUUGGAGCUGCGAGACUCGAUUUUUUUUAUAGCUGAUCAACUGUUUCAACUCCCUUUAGAAACUAAAGCCAAAAAUACUUCAAAGACGCCGUUUUUCGGGUACUUGGGAGAUCUCCAAGGUGUUGUUCAACUUUAUGAAAGCUUGGGCAUUGAAGAUGCAACUAGUCUCCAACAGAUCAAAAGCUUUUGUGAGCUCAUGUGGCCUGAUAGAAAUGAAGAAUUUUGUGAGAUCAUUCAUCAAUAUGCAAAUCUACUAGCAGAAUUGGAGAAAAUGGUGGUUAGAAUGGUUUUUGAAGGCUAUGGGUUAAAGGAACUGUGUGAAUCUCACAUAAAUUCCACCACAUUCUUACUUCGAUUAAACUCUUAUAGAGUGCGACAACCAAAGGAGAAAAUCAUUGGUGCUACAGCUCAUACAGACAAGAGCUUCUUAACAAUCCUUGACCAAGACCAAGUCAAUGGUUUGGAGGUCAAAUUGAAGGACCAACAGUGGCAUGCCGUUGAUUUCCUGCCUUCAUCGUUCGUCGUCAUGGCUGGCGAAGCAUUGCGAGCAUGGAGCAACAACAGAAUACAAUCACCUGUUCACCAAGUCACAAUGAAUGGGAAGAAUAUUUCAAGAUUCUCAAUUGGCAUAUUUUCUUACCACAAUGGGAUAAUACACAUACCUACCGAAAUGAUUGACGAGGAACAGUUCCCUCGACGUUUCAAGUCGUUUGAUCAUCUUGGUUUUGUGGCUUUCUUUGCCAAUGAUUUCAAACUGGGAAGAAAUUCCAAUUGUAGCAUUGUUAGUUAUUGUGGUGUUUGAUUCCCCCUACCUAUAUGAUGACUCGGAAGCCUAAUUAUGACUUGGAGGUUCAUCUACGUGCUUUCCUUUCCAAUUCGUGGCUCGCCAAAAGAUAUUGAUUUUUUGGCCUUGUAUUAAUAUAUUGAUGAAAAAGUUUAUCAUUCUUCGGG